CUCGUGUAUGUGAGAUUCCUCUGAGAAUCUUCGCAGCAGCACUACAAGACAACAAACGGCAAGUAUGCAACACUAACUACCUUCAGCUUGCUUUGGUGAUGUAAUUUCCCUGAUCUUAGUUUUACAUCAUGUCACAUGACUGCAGAGACCAAUCAGAGGUUGCCCUUCAACUUUAUCACGCUGUGGAACUCGAUGACAGGGGCGAACUAACACAACUUCUCACAAAGGGAGCGGACCUUCACUACAAAUACUUUGGUGAGAAAUCCUUGUUGCACAUAUGCUGUGAAAAGGAUCGUUUGGAAUGCGCCAAACUAUUGAUGGAUUAUGGUGCAAAUAUCCAGGCACAGGAUGAAUGGAACAUGACGCCUCUUAUGUACUGUAUGGUUCGACAGCUAAAUGACAUUGCUGAAGAGCUGUUGUCACGUGAUCCGCUAGCUGUCCACUCACAGGACAGGUUCGGCAAGGCUGCUAUUCACAGCGCCGUUGAGUCUGGUUCACCGGAACUCCUGCAUUUGUUGUUGGUUCAUGGCGUCGUGACCGAUCAGACAGACUGGGGUGGCAUGACAGCUCUCAUGUCCGUGUGUUCCAGACCUGGAAUCAGCCACAACGUGGCACUAUGUGAGAUGCUUUUACACGCAGGUGCUGAUGUAAACCUUAAGGACCUUAGAAGUAGAAGAACCGCUUUGCAGUAUGCCUCUCUUAACAAGCUCCCGGCUGUUGUGGAGGUCUUACUAGGAGCUGGGGCGGACCCGAACACCUUUGACACGGCCAGCAGGACUCCUCUCACUAAUCUCAUAUAUCAGACCUUCCGCCUACAAAACGCCAGCCGUGACGUAGAUGAGGACCUUAUGACCGUCGUCAUCAUGCUUACACAGGCUGGAGCAAAUCUCAACAUGAACUAUCGCGAGAACUCAAACCCAGUCUGCAAGGCGGCUGCCUACAGAGUCGAGGCUCUCGUACGGUUCUUUAUGGACUGUGGGGCCGACCCCAACACUAGCUUUCCGUUGGGUGUGACGUCACUACUCGUGGCAGUGAAAGCGAAGGAUGCUGGUUGUGUCCGUGCCUUGCUCCAGUGGAACGCUCGGACAGACAUUCGUGGACGGGUGUAUCGGACGGCUCACACCCAGUACUGGGUCGAUCCCAUGGAACUUGCAGUUGACCUGGGGUGCUGGGACAUUGUCCUUCUAUUGUACUCGGCCGGCUACAACAUCAGCAGACUUCCCUACCUUCACGAGGGUGUCAUGGAUUCAGAACUUCCAGAAUCCCUAUUGGGGAAUACCGAAAUCAUGAGCUGGCUCCUGUUUUUGGCAAGCUCUCCGAGAACUCUUUUUCAUCUGACGACAUUAUUCGUGUGGCGUGUUCUGGACAAAAAUUUCAGACAAAAGAUUAAUGAUCUUCCACUGCCAAAUAUGAUAAAACACUUUAUGAGCCCUGAGUUUGUCAUUGGAUGAGUUAGUUAUCAACCACAACGUCACAUCUUACCUUAUUUAUUACAAAGAUAAAAAUGAACAUUUAAACGAUUAUUUGAGAACCCGUAUCUUGCAUAACAAAGGUAACUGAUACUUAUAUAACUGAUAAAUGAUAACUUAUCAUUUUUACUUGAAGUUAACGACUGUCGUACAUUUGUAUAUAUCCUCAAUGCAAUGCUAGUCUACACAACAGAUUAAA